CUGAUAUGCGGUUGCCACGCGCCCGUCUUUGCUGCAUAUCACUGAAGUUGAACCAUGAACAAGGCCCCAACUUGAAAUCCCGAAAUCAAGCUUGACGUAGCCUUUGAAACUCAGUAGCGAUAUUGUAGAGCGUUCGUCAUGGCCAAGUUGCAGAUGUUUGAUGUCGUGUUCGACGGCGACAAUACUGCUGUCUACCGAUCGGGAGAAGUAGUCCGAGGCUUUGUGAGAAUUGUGCUUGGAGAAGUCAAGAAUGACGUCAGGGGCAUUCAAAUCAAGUUCAAAGGCGAGUCUCACACCCGUUGGUCAGAGGGAGAUGGCAAGAACAAUCGAUGCUACUCGGCCAGGGAGGUCUACUUCAAAGAAAAGAUCAUCUGCUGGGGAAAAAGUAAAAAUGACCCCGGUGCAUCGAAGCUGACCCUUGAGUCCGGGGAGCAUCGCUUCCCGUUUUCCUUCCAGAUACCCAACGUCCCGCUGCCCUUCCCGUUCGAGUCGUGCGUGGGCUGGAUCCGCUACCGGAUCAUGUGCAAGAUCGACCGGCCCUGGAAGUUUAACCAUAACACGGAGCGGCUGUUCACCGUCGUUGGUACACCCAUUGACCUGAAUACCAUGCCCCAUGCCAGAAUCCCGUCUCACCAAGAGGCAACCAAGACAGUCUGCUGCCUGUGCUGCGCCCAGGGCCCGAUCAUAGUCAAAGCUUCCACGGACAAGGGGGCCUACGUGUCGGGAGAAAGUAUCUUUGUGUCGGGCACGAUCGAAAACAACACCAGCCGAGAAAUCAUUGACAUUACCUACAAGCUAGUUCAGUUUGUCACGUACUUCUCCAGCGGCGGCCACAAGACCAGGCGGACGUUUACCAUGGUCAAAGAUAAAGCUCCUGGGUGUAAGAGUGGGGAGGUGGCCCGCAUGGAUUGGAAGCCCCUUAUCUUACCUUCUAUUCCUCCAUCCGGGCCCCAGGGAUGCAACAUCAUCAAGAUUGAGUAUUUCGUUGAGUUUGAAGGUGACGUCAGUAGCACCCCAUUGGAUGCUGAGGUGAAGUUGCCUGUUACCAUAGGGACAGUGCCUCUUUACCAGUCUCAGUACCCGGAUCCAUCCGCCGUUGUGAGUGAGCAACCGUCCGCUAGCGCUGCAACUGCGCCACCCCCGAGUUACCAAGUUGCCGUGGAAGGACUCCAGGAAAUACCAAGCAAGAGUGGCCACGACUACACCUUUGGUAAACUCAUGUACGCCCCUCAGUACCCGACCUACAAUCUGCCGGCGAGUGCCCCAACAUGGGACCCCGCUCACCCGCCUCAGCAAGCACAGUCGGGAUACUAUCCUCCAAAAUAUUAAAAGUGGAACCGUCAUAUUUUGUGACUUCCGCAUGCCUGUUGAAUUACACUAUAUGUCAGUGGGUGGUCUUACAAGAAGUUCGUGUCUGAAACUUUUGACUCGUGCUCAUUGCCUGAACGUCAUGUUUUUGUGACUUCUUUUUUAGCUGUAACAAUAUUUUUGUACACGGUAUGAACAGCACUGAGUGGUGUUACAACAAUUUCGUGUCUUCAACUUGUAAUUUAUUCCCGUUGCCUGUUUUCCCGACAGGCAGUAUACCAAUUUAAGAGUAGAAGAACACACCUUAAUAUGGACACUAGUCCUUGGCUUGGAAUGUUUUUCGAUAGGGAAAAUGAACGUGUGUUUGCAUGAGGUCGGAUCGAGAGGCUCCCAUUUAAUAGCUUUGCAUAAAGCUAUCAUUAAUAGGCUGAUGUUUUGCAUGUAAGUUGUGCAAAUAUUAGUAGGUCAAGUAAAUGGUUGUACAUAAAUAAACCUUUUGUGAUCACAUAAUAGUUUCUAGGCCUUUUUGUGCGUGCUGAAUAUUUUUCUAUUUUAUUAAUAUGCCAUCGAUGUUCCCAAGUCAAAAUUUGUUCUUGGUUUGUAUAAUAUCAGGCUGAAUAAAUUGUCAUUAAGUCAUUUUUGAAACCAAUUCCGCGCGUCAGUGUAACCGGCUUUUUAUUACGCGUGUAUUUUAUUUUGUUAUAUUUUGUAAAAAUCAGCAUUAUUAGAGCCUAAAUUAAUAAAGUGCUUCUUGUUUUCCCUUAACUUUAUCUAAUGGUUUUACUUUGCAUGUUCAGUUUCAUCAAAUCAAACAGAACAUUUUUAACUCUUCUCAUUAAAAUAUUUACAGAACUAUUAUAUCGAUGAUUAGAUAAAUAAAGUGUUGACUUAUUAACUGUCAUUACUCGAA